CUGUUUCGCUCCCUCAAUACAGUGCUCAAAAUUCUCAUUUUUAUUCCCUUGGCGUUGUUCUCCGGCUCACUGAUCACUUCCAAAACCCUAGCCCUAGAUUGGCUCGUCUUUGGAAACUCCAAUACUCUGAUCGCCGGCCAUGGCGACACGCCGGGCCCUCUCUUCCCUCCUUCGUUCUUCCCGUCGUUCUGUCUUCUCCGCCCCACGGUCGCCAUCGCCUGCUCCGCUCCAUCGCCCUUCGCCGGCUGGAUUUAUCCUCUCUCGUGUCGCGGAGUAUGCUAGUGCCGCAGCGGCGGUGGCGGAAGCUCCUGCCCCUUCUGCGCCUCCCACCAAGGUCGCCGGUGGCCCUGGGGGGAAGAUUACGGACGAAUUCACUGGGGCAGGUGCGAUCGGCCAGGUUUCUCAGGUGAUCGGUGCUGUCGUGGAUGUGAGAUUCGAGGAGGGCUUGCCCCCGAUUUUGACCGCUCUGGAGGUUCAGGAUCAUUCUAUCCGUUUGGUCCUUGAGGUUGCGCAGCAUCUUGGGGAGAACAUGGUGAGGACAAUCGCUAUGGACGGGACUGAGGGUCUUGUUCGUGGACAGAGGGUGUUGAACACGGGAUCCCCCAUCACUGUUCCUGUUGGUAGGGCCACUCUUGGGCGUAUCAUGAAUGUGAUUGGGGAGCCGAUUGAUGAGAAGGGUGAUAUGGAGACCAAUCAUUUCCUUCCAAUUCAUCGUGAGGCCCCUGCUUUUGUUGAGCAGGCGACGGAACAACAAAUUCUUGUCACUGGAAUCAAAGUUGUGGAUCUUCUUGCACCUUACCAAAGAGGUGGGAAGAUUGGGCUAUUUGGUGGUGCUGGUGUUGGGAAGACUGUGCUUAUUAUGGAACUAAUAAAUAAUGUCGCCAAAGCUCACGGUGGUUUCUCUGUUUUUGCUGGUGUUGGAGAGCGUACUCGUGAAGGCAAUGAUUUGUACAGGGAAAUGAUUGAGAGUGGUGUGAUUAAGCUUGGAGAUAAGCAGAAUGAAAGCAAGUGUGCUCUUGUGUAUGGGCAAAUGAAUGAGCCUCCUGGUGCUCGUGCUCGUGUUGGUUUGACUGGAUUGACAGUGGCUGAGCAUUUCCGUGAUGCUGAAGGUCAAGAUGUGCUGCUCUUCAUUGAUAAUAUUUUCCGUUUUACCCAGGCAAACUCUGAAGUGUCUGCUUUGCUUGGUCGUAUCCCAUCUGCUGUCGGCUACCAACCAACAUUGGCCACUGAUCUUGGAGGACUCCAGGAGCGGAUUACAACAACAAAAAAGGGCUCUAUUACCUCUGUGCAAGCUAUUUAUGUCCCUGCUGAUGACUUGACUGAUCCAGCCCCGGCAACUACCUUUGCACAUCUUGAUGCCACAACUGUGUUAUCAAGACAGAUUGCAGAGCUUGGUAUUUAUCCAGCUGUUGAUCCUCUUGAUUCCACAUCCAGAAUGCUUUCUCCCCAUGUAUUAGGAGAGGAGCAUUAUAACACUGCUCGUGGUGUUCAGAAAGUCCUCCAGAACUACAAAAAUCUUCAAGAUAUUAUUGCUAUUUUGGGAAUGGAUGAGCUCAGUGAAGAUGAUAAAUUAACUGUUGCUCGUGCUCGUAAGAUCCAGCGUUUCUUGAGUCAGCCUUUCCAUGUUGCUGAAGUGUUCACGGGUGCACCUGGAAAGUAUGUUGAUUUGAAAGAGAGUGUCAACAGCUUCCAGGGUGUUUUGGAUGGGAAAUAUGAUGACCUUCCUGAGCAAGCAUUUUAUCUUGUUGGGGGAAUUGAGGAAGUAAUUGCCAAGGCUGAGAAGAUUGCGAAGGAGUCCGCAGCUUGAUCGAGAUAGUUUCAUUUAUUUAAUAAUUUCUAUUAUGCAGCACAGACAAUUGCUGUGUCGGAAACCUGUGAUUUUCUUUUUUUUUCCCUUUUUCUGAGGUCAACAGCACUUAGUUUUUUUUUGUGUUCUUGGUCACUCACAGCAUGUGUAAAUGUUGAGGAAAGAGCGGGUGCCUGCUCACUGGGCUACAUUUUGCCCAAUAAAAUCUGGUGAUAUUUUUUCAGUUUUCAAUUGGAUACAUGACUCAAUUUAAUCACAGCUGUUAUUAUAUACAAGGUCUUCUCAAA